AUGCACUACAGGGUUCAAUUGAUCGUCGCCAUGUUUGCCAUGGGAGGCCUUGCGCGCCCCAGUGGUUGCCAGGUACAGCAAGGCCUGGAUUGCGACGACUUCAAAACGCCGGAGAAGCCCGAGCGCCCGCUUAUGUGCAACUUUCGGAACCAGUACAACGGCUACACAUGCUUCCCUGUCAACAGCUGCAAUCAAUGCGCCGAAAUGAACCCAGGUCGCAAGGUCUGGUGCGGGGUGAAGGCCCAUGACGCGUGGGUUUGCAACACUCCGCCCAAAGGAAUGUAA